AUAAUAGUUGCAGCGCAUGGCACCACCGCCGGCAGGAGGCCGGCAUCUGCCUUACGAGGCGCUGGAUCCGGAAUGGGAGGCACGCGAACUCCAGAAGUUCCGGACUGCGACCGGCGGUGCUCGGCAACAGGCUCCGUAUGGUGCGUACCUGUUCGGGCGUUUGCUGCAAUCGGAUCUGCACCAAAGUUGCCGGCCAGUGCUGCCUCCGGACGUCGCGAAGCUCAACGGCUCCACCCUCCAGGGCAUGUGCAUCCUUCAGGUGGUAGACGUGGCCAACAUUGCCGCCAAUUACGAGCAUCGCACCGAAUUUUCGACUGCUGGACCAGCGCGCACACUCAAACUCGGGCUUACGGAUGGUCACCAAUUGGUCUUCGGGUUUGAAUACAGUUCACUGCCACAGUUUAGUGUGAAAGUGCCUCGCGGGACCAAAAUUGUGGUGGAAAAUGUGCCAGUGAGGCAUGGAUUGCUCAUGUUGGGACCUGAAAAUUGCCAGCUAUUAGAGACAUCGGCAGAUUACUCAGGGCGUGGCAAUGGACAAGUGACUCAACCUACGGAGACGAAUGGAUUGAGUGCUGGAGCUUAUUCAGCUGCUCUGGUGACGUCACAGUUUAGUUCGUCACAACAGAAACAACCUGAUGCUCCACCUCCUGCUCGACAACAGUCAGUCGCUAGACCUCCUACGAUAACUGCAGCGUCAAGCAAUAUUCUCCAACCAAACAGCGCGAGAAACGCUGCUCCUUCAGCACCCAUGAACAUGAACAAUCCCGCUGCUCCGUCCAACGUCGCCAGAAACAUCGCAGUCCCGUCAGUGUUUGUAGAUGCUCCUUCGUCGGGUGAAGACAUGGAUAGUGAUACCACAGACCCAAUGGUAGAGCACCUUUUCUACAGCCCGAAGACCCCUCGACUUCCUGUCAGUACGGAUAACAUCAGCACAGCACGAAGCAGGACAAUCCCUUCCAGGAAGCGGCCGCGAUCACCGUCAAUGGAGCAAAGUGUGAGGGAGACGUCAUCCUAUAAACCUCAAGCACAGCAAAUUUCGACAUUUACACGAUCGGUAAGCACUAUAGUCCACGUUGCUGAGACUAAGUCAAAUUCUUCACUACUGGUCCAAAAGGAGAAAGGUAAUCGGAUACCUGUAGUAGCACCGCCGCUGAAUCCAACGCGCCCGUUCCAGUACUUCACAGCACACUCUCCAAUGCUGGCAGCACCGACGAAGGCAGCAACAACGACUAGAUUCCAGCUUCGUGCGUGUAUUAAGUCGGUGGUAGGCUUUCAGUUUAACACUGGGAAGUACCAGUUGCGAGUGUCUGUGGAGGAUUGCACUGCCACGAGGGAAGCAGACGUGGCUGAAGAAUUCGUGACGCGCCUCAUGGGGGUCCCGUGUUCGGAGUUCCUGCAAACAAUGCACACGAAGGUGCAAGUUGCGCACGGAUGGGCAGCAAAUAUGCAGUUUGCGCUUAUGAACCUAGAAGGAGUCAUGACUUUUGAGAAGACUACAUCCAACUCGGCACCUCUAAUGCUGGUAGAUUGCCGCGAUUUCCAGUCAUCCGAUACUCGCGAGCUGUUACAACGCGUUAGAGCUUCGUUUCCUCACAAACCUCGAUAAACGUCACCGUAAUAUCUAACACGCCACGUCAAGGCAAACAUACAAUCUAUUAUUUGUCUAUACGCCGAACAUUGCUUUGUGUACGAGCGCGUCGGUCGAUAGAGCAGCCUCGCACUCGAGCUGGAACAGCCGGUCGCUUUGCUCAGCCGUGAGAUUUCGUGGGAUCCCAACCAGUACGUCGUUCUUCGGCGUAGCAGUAGGAGGGUGCAUAACGAACAUGAACGUAUCGUACUGUGCUUCUUCAGCGCGCAUGUU